AUGUCUCAGUGGAACAAUACAUAUGAUUACAACAGUCAACAUCAGACUCCAAAUACAUGGAAUUCUGAUCCUAAUGGUCAAUACGGAAGUCAGGUUUACUACAAUAGGCAAAUGGAUCCUAGUGGUAAUCAAUAUGUGAGUUUUAAUGAAUUUAUAUCGCAAAUGCAGCAGUCUGGAGUUCCUAGUGUCAACACAGCCCAGUAUAGUAAUGUCCACUAUCAGAGUUAUCCACCUAACCAAUAUAAUAAUGAAAAUAGUUAUCAAAACUUAUCAACAAAUGUAAAUGCUCAAGCCAAUUUUGGAUAUGGUGCUAGUUCUAGUUAUUCAAACAAUGUUGAAUCUUAUGAAACCAAUAGUCAAGACCAGUAUAUUCCUCCAGUUGAUGGUAAUAUUUAUACCAAUGAUAUGGUUUCUAAAUCUAAAUUAACCCCAACUGCCAUUGAAUUUAUUCCUAAAAGUUCUUCGUUACAAACAGAACAUAAUCAGCCAAAUGAGAUACAGAAUGAACCUUUGGACAUAGCAAACAGUGGCUGCGGUUCGAGUAGCGGUCAUACAAAACCAUCAGAUUCUAAAAAUUGGAGAGAACGACCGAAAAAUACAGCACAAAAUAGUUCCUAUGAUACUAAUGGAUAUGAAAAUGGAGUAAGCCAAGAACAUGAAAGCAAUGGCAGUCUUCGUUAUGAUAAUAAAAAUCGCAAAUAUGAUAAAAAUAAUAGUCAAAAUCAUACUAGGCCAGAAAGUAGUCAUUAUCCACAAAGUUCUAGAAAUAAUGAUACUAAUGCUUAUAGUAGAAAAAAUAGAAAUGAUAAUUAUAAUAAUGGUGAUUCAAACCGUAGAGAAGGGGGCCAAAGUAAACCUAAAGGAAUGGGUCGAGAUACAGACCCUAGUCGAACUUUCUAUAAUAGUAACAAGAAUAAAGAUAGCCAGGAUGUAAGAAAUGGGAGAGGGGAGCCUUCUGGGAGGCAACGCUGGGCUGGAACUCAACGGCUUAAAGCCAAUGAACGUUACAGCUAUGAAGAUGAACAAUUUGCAAACUCAUAUCUACAAAAUAGAGAAGAGAAAGGAAGGAACCAUGUACCAAGUCCAGCAAGAAGUAAAAAAACAAUUGUUAGUAAUAAUGCAGGUUUAAAUAAAGAAAUGACACAAAGAGAGCGUCUGACGGAACAACUUGAUAAAGGUACACUAGAGUGCCUGGUUUGCUGUGAACGAGUAAAACAAUUGGAUCCUGUAUGGUAUUGCACUAAUUGCUUCCAUGUUAUGCAUCUUCGGUGUAUUAGAAAAUGGGCUGUUAGCAGUAUGGUUGAGGGCAAAUGGCGUUGUCCGGCAUGUCAAAACACCAGCCAAGACAUCCCUACAGAGUAUAGAUGCAUGUGUGGUGCAGUUCGUAAUCCUGACUACCAGAGAGGUGGCAAUACUGCCCAUACUUGUGGUAAAGCCUGUAAAAGACCUAGAAGUUGCCCACAUCCGUGCACUUUGCUUUGCCACCCAGGACCGUGCCCACCCUGCCAGGCUACUAUUGCAAAGAAAUGUGGGUGUGGUGCGGAAUCCCGCUCUGUAUUAUGCAGUAGCAAGUUGCCCCAGGAGUGUGGAAGACAGUGUGGCCGCAAACUGAACUGCGGUGUUCAUAGCUGUGCAAAUGAUUGUCACGAGGGACCGUGCGAGCCUUGCGAUUUUAUUGUGGAACAAGUAUGCUACUGCCCAGCCGCUAAAACCCAGUCAGUACCAUGUACGCCAGAGAGUGGUGACACGCGUACGUUCUCUUGUGGGUCUGCGUGCGCGCGCGUACUCACUUGCGGCGCGCACGUCUGUCGGGACGAAUGUCACCCACCGCCUUGUAAGACAUGCCCACGGAGUGUGGAAAAUGUUAUAACGUGUCCCUGUGGAAACACUAAAUUAAAGGAAGGUGAACGCAAAAAUUGCUCGGACCCAAUACCGCUGUGUGGUAAUAUCUGCGCAAAACCACUCAUUUGUGGACCGGAUAAUGAUAAACAUUUUUGUAUGCAAAAGUGCCACGAAGGAGUAUGCCCCGAGUGUCCAAACACUACAGUCCUUCAAUGCCGCUGUGGUCACUCGACUGUUGAUGUGCCUUGCAAAGAUCUACCCGGUGCUUAUGAUAAUGUGUUCUGCCAAAAGAAAUGUAAUAAGAAAAUGUCGUGCGGGCGCCAUCGCUGCCGCACAGCUUGCUGCGCAUCCUCACACCGCUGCGCAGUAGUUUGCGGGCGAACUUUAUCCUGUCAAUUACAUCGAUGCGAGGACUUUUGUCACACAGGACACUGUGCGCCUUGUCAACGGCUGGGCUUUGAAGAGCUUCGCUGUGAAUGCGGUCUCGAAGUGAUCCUGCCCCCGAUCCGGUGUGGGGCGAAGCCUCCGCCGUGCAGUGCCCCUUGUCGCCGGGAACGGCCUUGCGGACAUCCGCCUCAUCACUCGUGCCACUCUGGGGAAUGUCCUCCUUGCGUCGUGCUUACCACCAAGACUUGUCAUGGGAAGCAUGAGGAAAGGAAAACGAUUCCGUGUUCCCAAGAGGAGUUCUCUUGCGGUCUGCCCUGUGGAAAGCCGCUACCUUGUGGAAAGCAUACUUGUAUCAAGAUCUGUCACAAGGGCCCGUGUGAUACUGACAAAUGCAACCAGCCGUGUAACGAGAAAAGGUCAUCCUGUGGUCAUCCUUGCUCCGGGCCGUGUCACGCGACAAAUGGCGGCCCAUGCCCCAGCACUUCGAAUUGCAAGCGAGCCGUUACCGCCACUUGUCCUUGUGGACGCAGGAAGGCCGAGAGGGCCUGUUGCGAUAACGCUAGAGAUUUUGCCAAGAUUUUAAAUGCCCUGGCUGCGACGAAGAUUCAAGAAGGCGGUAUGGUCGACCUGUCAGACGCGCAACGGCCAAGCGCCAUGUUGAAAACCCUAGAAUGCGAUGACGAAUGCCGUCAAGAAGCCCGUAGCCGUCAACUCGCGCUCGCUCUUCAGAUACGGAACCCGGACGUGUCCGCGAAACUAGCGCCGAGGUACAGCGACACGUGCAGGGCAAUGGCUGCUAGGGAACCAAGCUUCGCUCAACAUGUGCAUGAAAAACUCACUGAUUUGGUCCAAUUGGCUAAAAAGUCAAAACAAAAGACACGCGCGCACUCAUUCCCGUCGAUGAAUCGUCCGAAACGUCAAUUCAUUCACGAAAUGUGCGAACACUUUGGUUGCGAGAGCGUCGCGUACGACGCGGAGCCAAAUCGGAACGUGGUCGCCACAGCUGAUAAGGAAAAGUCAUGGCUACCAGCAAUGAGCGUGUUGGAAGUAUUAGCUCGUGAAGCUGGUAAACGAAGAGUUCCAGGGCCAAUGCUACGCGCCGCGACUAGUAGCGCCGCUUCCGCUCCAGCGCCUACGCCCGCUACCGCUCCCGCUACUAAAUCUUUUGGUGGUUGGGCGACGUUAACUUCGAACAAUUCGUGGGCAAGUCGAAGUCAACCUUCAACGACUGCGGUGGUCAGAAAUGCACCACUUAGACAGGAGUCGCGGCCAAAAAUCGACUAUUUUGAUAAUCCACCAGAAGAUUAA